ACCCAAUUCCAUCCGCUCGGAGCUCCAAGCCACCAUCAUGUCCGGCCGCGGCAAGGGCGGGAAGGGUCUGGGCAAUGGCGGCGCCAAGCGCCACCGGAAAGUGCUGCGGGACAACAUCCAGGGCAUCACGAAGCCGGCUAUCCGGCGUCUGGCUCGCAGGGGCGGCGUGAAGCGCAUCUCGGGGCUCAUCUACGAGGAGACCCGCGGCGUGCUCAAGAUCUUCCUCGAGAACGUCAUCCGCGACGCCGUCACCUACACCGAGCACGCCCGCCGCAAGACCGUCACCGCCAUGGACGUCGUCUACGCGCUCAAGCGACAGGGGCGCACCCUCUACGGCUUCGGCGGCUGAUCUGCUGCCGCUCCGUCCAGUCUCUGCCAGCUCCUGUUCCAUCUGCCGGAGUGCGCGUGUUGUUCUGUCGUUGUGUGCAGUAGGGUCUUCCUGAAUAUGGAUGCAUCUCUCGAUAUGUUUCUGUAAGCUUGUUAAAUUCUUCCCAGCCAGAAAGAUUAGGAGAUAAUGAACCAA